AUGGACUACGACCUCGACAUCGAAGCCUACUGCACCGUCUGCGACCGCGUCGUCCCAGCCGGCGCGCCCGCUCCCUCGCAUCCCACCCCGCCGCCUGCUCUCACCCGAUCCGACUCGGGACAGCCGCUUACCUCGACCUCUGCUUCCGGGACUGCACCUUCGACGUCGGCGCGCUCACGAGGGUCUGAUGCGUCGUCCACCCAGGCGAGACCCAGGCGGAGCGGCAGCACGACCAGUGCCGGACACCCGCCGCCGCCCGGAAAGGGCAAGGCGACCGCCGGCGCUCUGAGGAGGAACAAGAGCAUGAACAAGGCGUUCCAUGCCGGCGGAGGAGCGCGACACGGGCACGGGCACGGGCACCGCUCGCACUCGCACACGAGCCUGGCCGCGCUCGCGCCCAUCGGCGGAGGAGGAGGCGCUCCGAAGAAACCGCCGACCGAGCGCAGGUCGAGCAAGCCCAAGGAGGAGAUCAUCGAGGUCGUCGAGGUUCUGGACGACCCGCACCUGCGCGACGAGGUCCGCGAGGACGACGAUGGCGCAGGCGGCGGAGGAGGGUACGGCCUGUACUGCUCGGAAGAGUGCAGGCGCAUCGACGAGGCGCGCAACCAGCUCACAUUGGCGCACCUCGUAGCGACGCCUUCGCACGCCUCGUCGUCAGCCGGCUCAUCCUCCGCCUUUGCCCGCACCGACUCGUUCUCCUCGACCGCGAGCGACCGCCCGCCGCCGACCAUGUCCCGCCGCCGCUCGUCCGGCAUGUCCUCGUACGCCCAGUCCUCCGUCGUCUCGACCCUCUCGCCCAUCCUCUCCGCCGCGCCGACCGCCAACCUCGGCGCCUUUGAUCCCUCGAGCGGCGCGUUUCCCUUCCCGCCGCAGGUGUCGUCCUCCGUCUCGCCUCAGCCUCCUCUCCCUUCGACCUCGCCAACGGUCGGCUCGCCCAUGAUGCUCAACUUUGGCGCGCGGCGAAGAUCGCGAGGAGCCGAGGCGUUGGGCAGCUACCCGUACCGCCCGAGCCUGAUGGAGCGCGUCUCGUCCUCGGACGGCGUAGGCGAGUCAGUCGGGAGCAUGGCUGGCAGCGUAUGGCAGGGCCCUGAGCGAGGGUUCAGCAGGCCCGGCUCGUCCGAGGGACCGCUUGGCUUGCCGAGGACCGCGAGGAGCAUGUCGUCCGGGACGGCGUCGCUGUACGGGCGCUCGGCGCGGUCUGCGCGGACGCAGAGCUUUGAUGGGCUGGCGACGCUGGGCGAGUCGGGCGCCAGAGAUCCAGCACGACCGUCCUCGCACUCUCUUCGCUCCUCCUCGCACUUCUCGCAGCCCUCUCUCGCCUCCUACUCGCCCUCACUCGCCGCUCAUCCCGAACCCGAACACGCGAUUCCUCGAUCUGCGUCAGUUCAGCCUGCCCUCGCCACGUCGCCGCUCGCGCGGAACAGCUUUGUUGUCGGGAGCGCGCCGCAUGCGAAGAGGAGUCGGGCGUCCUUUGGCGAGCCCACGCUCGCAGAGACACAUCCCCCGCCUCGAGCGGCAUCGACUACCCCCGCGCGGCAUAUCAACGGCAGCGGCUCACACCGUCCGCAACGCUCGUCCUCGUCCGCCUCGCUUGCGCUCAUGGGCUCGUCGCUCGGCAAGUCGUACGAGCGAAGUCCGUGGACAGGACCGAAGCGCAGUGACUCGGUGGCGAGCCUGAGCGGCUUUGUCGCCCAGGGCGAGAUGGCGAUCCCGUCCGCACCUUUACCUCCUCCCGUUUCCGCUUCUUCCGCAUCGACUGUUAUUCCCGCAUCAACGGUCCGACGACGACCUUCGCCCUCGGACGCUCGCUCACCGCCUCGAACAGCCUAUUCGCCUUCGUCUGCCUCGGCAUCGUCCUACGCUCCCUCCCAUUCCUCUGCCUUUUCCCUCCGCUCCUCGACGGCCGGCUCGUCCGAUCAUCCGAACCUGUCGUCCUCGGCCGGCUCGUCGCACAAGGGUCGCGCUGGUUCAACGAGCAGGAGUCGUCCGCCGGGACUGACGAUGACGCCGAGCGGGACGAACCUCGUUCUCGCGGGCCACCCCUCCGCGAACGAAGUCACUCCCACCUCUUCGGCCGCCGCCACUCGUCCCGCCUCGACUACCCGUCUCCCGUUCAACGCAGCCGCCGCACCCGUCGCCAACGCAGCCUCGACCAACCCGUCCCUCCUCCACCUCAAAUCCGACAAGCCCGUCCUCGCAUCCAAAGAUCGCUCCUUCUCGUGGGACCGAAUACCGGGCGUGACGAUGUACCCUGCGCUUGACGUCGACUCGUUUCGAGCGGAGAGGAGGAAGUCGGAUGCGGCGAGGGAGGAGAUGCCGCCUCCGCCGGUGCCGUCGGCGAGGAUGAAGGACCGGAAGAAGUUGUUCUACUUUGGGGACGUCGAGUGA